AUGCGGCGGGCUCGGGUGCCCAGGGGCUGUGGACGGCUCGUCGGGGCCCCGCCGGCGCCAGCCUGUGCCACGCAGACCGAAGGCUAUGACUACGGCUUGCCGCUGAGGCUGGUGAACGGCGCGGACCGGUGCCAGGGCCGGGUGGAGCUCCUGUACCAGGGCGCCUGGGGCACCGUGUGUGACGACAGCUGGGACGCCCGGGACGCGGACGUGGUGUGCAGGCAGCUGGACUGCGGCCACUCGGUGUGGGCGCCCGGCGGGGCCCACUUCGGCCAGGGCUCGGGGAACGUCCUGCUGGGCACCGUGGACUGCGCGGGCUGGGAGCCCUCCCUGUCCAGCUGCCCCCACGGCGGCUGGUACCACCACGAGUGCGGACACAGGGAAGACGCUGGCGUCGUGUGCUCAGCUUCUCUGCUUUCCACGGCGGUGACCCUGGCAGCAUCCACGGAAGCUCCUCAGGCCUCCACAUCCUGGCCAGACGCAUGGACACCUCCUUCCACAGCUCCAACCACAACUGCCUCUACUCAAACAACAACAGGUUUCGGCACCGAUGCUGGUUUGGCCCUGAGGCUGGUGAACGGCGGUGACCGGUGUCAGGGCCGCGUGGAGGUCCUCUACCGAGGCUCCUGGGGCACCGUGUGUGACGACGGGUGGGACACCAACGACGCCAACGUGGUGUGCAGGCAGCUGGGCUGUGGCUGGGCCAGGUCGGCCCCAGGAAGUGCCCGGUUCGGACAGGGCUCAGGCCCGAUCGUGCUUGAUGAUGUAGCCUGCUCAGGGUACGAGUCCUACCUGUGGAGCUGCCCACACAGGGGCUGGAACUCACACAACUGUGGGCACGGAGAGGACGCCGGCGUCAUCUGCUCAGCUGCUCAGGCCUCCACAUCCUGGCCAGACGCAUGGACACCUCCUUCCACAGCUCCAACCACAACUGCCUCUACUCAAACAACAACAGGUUUCGGCACCGAUGCUGGUUUGGCCCUGAGGCUGGUGAACGGCGGUGACCGGUGUCAGGGCCGCGUGGAGGUCCUCUACCGAGGCUCCUGGGGCACCGUGUGUGACGACGGGUGGGACACCAACGACGCCAACGUGGUGUGCAGGCAGCUGGGCUGUGGCUGGGCCAGGUCGGCCCCAGGAAGUGCCCGGUUCGGACAGGGCUCAGGCCCGAUCGUGCUUGAUGAUGUAGCCUGCUCAGGGUACGAGUCCUACCUGUGGAGCUGCCCACACAGGGGCUGGAACUCACACAACUGUGGGCACGGAGAGGACGCCGGCGUCAUCUGCUCAGCUACUCAGGCCUCCACAUACUGGCCAGAUGCAUGGACAACUCCUUCCACAACUGCCCCUCCUCAAACCACAACAGGUUUCGGCACCGAUGCUGGUUUGGCCCUGAGGCUGGUGAACGGCGGUGACCGGUGUCAGGGCCGCGUGGAGGUCCUCUACCGAGGCUCCUGGGGCACCGUGUGUGACGACGGGUGGGACACCAACGACGCCAACGUGGUGUGCAGGCAGCUGGGCUGUGGCUGGGCCAGGUCGGCCACAGGAAGUGCCCGGUUCGGACAGGGCUCAGGCCUGAUCCUGCUGGACGACGUGGGCUGCUCGGGGCACGAGUCCUUCCUGUGGAGCUGCCCGCACAGCGGCUGGAACGUGCACAACUGCAACCACGGAGAGGACGCCGGCGUCAUCUGCUCAGCUGCUCAGGCCACCACAUCCUGGCCAGACGUGUGGACAACUCCAUCCACAACUGCCCCUCCUCAAACAACAACAGAUUUCGGGACCGAUUCAGCUCUGGCCCUGAGGCUGGUGAAUGGCGGUGACCGGUGUCAGGGCCGCGUGGAGGUCCUCUACCGAGGCUCCUGGGGCACCGUGUGUGAUGACAGUUGGGAUACCAACGACGCCAACGUGGUGUGCAGGCAGCUGGGCUGUGGCUGGGCCAGGUCGGCCCCAGGAAGUGCCCGGUUCGGACAGGGCUCAGGCCCGAUCGUGCUGGACAACGUGGGCUGCUCGGGGCAUGAGUCCUUCCUGUGGAGCUGCCCGCAUAAUGGCUGGAACUUACACAACUGUGGGCACCACGAAGACGCCGGUGUCAUCUGCUCAGCUGCUCAGGCCACCACAUCCUGGCCAGACGCAUGGACACCUCCUUCCACAAGUGUGUAUCCUCAAACAACAACAGAUUUCCGGACCGAUUCAGCUCUGGCCCUGAGGCUGGUGAACGGCGGUGACCAGUGUCAGGGCCGCGUGGAGGUCCUCUACCGAGGCUCCUGGGGCACCGUGUGUGACGACGGGUGGGACACCAACGACGCCAACGUGGUGUGCAGGCAGCUGGGCUGUGGCUGGGCCAGGUCGGCCCCAGGAAGUGCCCGGUUCGGACAGGGCUCAGGCCCUAUCGUGCUGGACGACGUGGGCUGCUCAGGGCACGAGUCCUACCUGUGGAGCUGCCCGCACAGUCCCUGGAACGUGCACAACUGCAACCACAGGGAGGACGCCGGUGUCAUCUGCUCAGGUGUUCCAACCACCACAUCCUGGCCAGACGUGUGGACAACUCCAUCCACAACUGCCCCUCCUCAAACAACAACAGAUUUCGGGACCGAUUCAGCUCUGGCCCUGAGGCUGGUGAACGGCGGUGACCGGUGUCAGGGCCGCGUGGAGGUCCUCUACCGAGGCUCCUGGGGCACCGUGUGUGACGACGGGUGGGACACCAACGACGCCAACGUGGUGUGCAGGCAGCUGGGCUGUGGCUGGGCCAGGUCGGCCCCAGGAAGUGCCCGGUUCGGACAGGGCACAGGCCCGAUCGUGCUGGAUGACGUGGGCUGCUCAGGGCACGAGUCCUACCUGUGGAGCUGCCCGCACAAUCCCUGGAACGUGCACAACUGCAACCACGGGGAGGACGCCGGCGUCAUCUGCUCAGGUGUUCCAACCACCACAUCCUGGCCAGACGCAUGGACAACUCCUUCCACAACUCCAUCCACACCUGUCUCUCUUCAAACAACAGCAGGGUUCGGGAACGACUCGCGUUUGUCCCUGAGGCUGGUCAACGGCAGUGACUCAUGUCAGGGCCGCGUGGAGGUCCUCUACCAAGGCUCCUGGGGCACCGUGUGUGACGACGGGUGGGACACCAACGACGCCAACGUGGUGUGCAGGCAGCUGGGCUGUGGCUGGGCAAGGUCGGCCCCAGGAAGUGCCCGGUUCGGACAGGGCUCAGGCCCUAUCGUGCUGGACGAUGUGAGCUGCUCGGGGCACGAGUCCUUCCUGUGGAGCUGCCCGCACAGGGGCUGGAACUCACACAACUGUGGGCACCAUGAGGACGCCGGCGUCAUCUGCUCAGGAGCCGAUGCCGGUUUGGCCCUGAGGCUGGUGAAUGGAGGUGACCGGUGUCAGGGCCGCGUGGAGGUCCUGUACCAAGGCUCCUGGGGCACCGUGUGUGACGAUGGGUGGGACACCAAAGACGCCAACGUAGUGUGCAUGCAGCUGGGCUGUGGCGAGGCCAGGUUGGCUCUAGAAAAUUCCUGGUUCGGGCAGGGCUCAAAACAGAUCGUGCUGGAUGACGUGGGCUGUUCUGGGCAUGAGUCCUACCUAUGGAGCUGCCAACACAGGGGCUGGAACUCCCACAACUGCAACCACGGAGAGGACGCCAGUGUCAUCUGCUCAGGAGCCGAUGCCGGUUUGUCCCUGAGGCUGGUGAACGGCAGUAACCCAUGUCAGGGCCGCGUGGAGGUCCUCUACCAAGGCUCCUGGGGCACCGUGUGUGACAAUGGGUGGGACACCAAUGACGCCAACGUGGUGUGCAGGCAGCUGGGUUGUGGCGGGGCCAGUUCAGCCCCAGGAAGUGCCCAGUUUGGACAGGGCUCAGGGCCAAUUGUGCUGGAUGAAGUGGAAUGCGCAGGGCAAGAGUCCUUCCUGUGGAGCUGCCCAAAUAGGGGCUGGAACUCCCACAACUGCAACCACAGAGAGUACGCCGGUGUCAUCUACACAGGAGCCGAUGCCGGUUUGUCCCUGAGGCUGGUGAACGGCAGUAACCCAUGUCAGGGCCGCGUGGAGGUCCUCUACCAAGGCUCCUGGGGCACCGUGUGUGACAAUGGGUGGGACACCAAUGACGCCAACGUGGUGUGCAGGCAGCUGGGUUGUGGCGGGGCCAGUUCAGCCCCAGGAAGUGCCCAGUUUGGACAGGGCUCAGGGCCAAUUGUGCUGGAUGAAGUGGAAUGCGCAGGGCAAGAGUCCUUCCUGUGGAGCUGCCCAAAUAGGGGCUGGAACUCCCACAACUGCAACCACAGAGAGUACGCCGGUGUCAUCUACACAGGAGCCAACUCCACUUUGGCCCUGAGGCUGGUGAACGGCAGUAACCCAUGUCAGGGCCGCGUGGAGGUCCUCUACCAAGGCUCCUGGGGCACCGUGUGUGACAAUGGGUGGGACAUCAAUGACGCCAACAUCGUGUGCAGGCAGCUGGGUUGUGGCUGGGCCAGUUCAGCCCCAGGAAGUGCCCAGUUUGGACAGGGCUCAGGGCCAAUUGUGCUGGACGAAGUGGAAUGCUCAGGGCAAGAGUCCUUCCUGUGGAGCUGCCCAAAUAGGGGCUGGAACUCCCACAACUGUGGGCACCACGAGGACGCCGGCGUCAUCUGCUCAGGAGCCGAUGCCGGUUUGGCCCUGAGGCUGGUGAACGGAGGUGACCGGUGUCAGGGCCGCGUGGAGGUCUUCUACCAAGGCUCCUGGGGCACCGUGUGUGACGAUGGGUGGGACACCAAAGACGCCAACGUAGUGUGCAUGCAGCUGGGCUGUGGCGAGGCCAGGUUGGCUCUUGGAAAUGCCUGGUUCGGACAGGGCUCAAAACAGAUCGUGCUGGAUGAUGUGGCCUGUUCUGGGCACGAGUCCUACCUAUGGAGCUGCCCCCACAGGGGCUGGAAUUCCCACAACUGCAACCACGGAGAGGACGCUAGUGUCAUCUGCUCAGGAGCCAAUUCCGGUUUGGCCCUGAGGCUGGUGAACGGCAGUAACCCAUGUCAGGGCCGCGUGGAGGUCCUCUACCAAGGCUCCUGGGGCACCGUGUGUGACGACGGGUGGGACACCAACGACGCCAACGUCGUGUGCAGGCAGAUGGGUUGUGGUGGGGCCAGUUCGGCCCCAGGAAGUGCCCAGUUUGGACAGGGCUCAGGGCCGAUUGUGCUGGACGAUGUGGACUGUUCAGGGCAAGAGUCCUUCCUGUGGAGCUGCCCAAACAGGGGCUGGAACUCCCACAACUGUGGGCACCAUGAGGACGCUGGAGUCAUCUGCUCAGGUGGGCCCCCCAUUGAAUUUUUCCCUCCACUUACAGGAGCCGAUGCCAGUUUGUCCCUGAGGCUGGUGAAUGGUGGUGACCGGUGUCAGGGCCGCGUAGAGGUCCUCUACCAAGGCUCCUGGGGCACCGUGUGUGACGACGGGUGGGACAUCAAUGAUGCCAACGUGGUGUGCAGGUGGUUGGGCUGUGGCCGGGCUAAGUCGGCCCCAGGAAGUGCUCGGUUCGGACAGGGCUCAGGACAGAUCGUGCUGGAUGACGUGGGCUGCUCAGGGAAUGAGUCCUACCUGUGGAGCUGCCCGCACAAUGGCUGGAACUCCCACAACUGCAACCACGGGGAGGACGCCAGUGUCAUUUGCACAGGAGCCGAAGCCGGUUUGGCCUUGAGGCUGGUGAACGGAGCUGACCAGUGUCAGGGCCGUGUGGAGGUCCUCUACCAAGGCUCCUGGGGCACCGUGUGUGACGACGGGUGGGACACCAACGAUGCCAACGUGGUGUGCAAGCAGCUUGGCUGUGGUGAGGCCAGUUCAGCUCCAGGAAGUGCCAAUUUUGGACAGGGCUCAGGUCCGAUCGUGCUGGAUGAUGUGGGCUGCUCAGGGAAUGAGUCCAACCUGUGGAGCUGCCCGCACAGGGGCUGGAACUCCCACAACUGCAACCACGGAGAGGACGCCGGCGUCAUCUGCUCAGGUGGGCCCCCCAAGUCUGUUCUCCCACAUGGGUGGUGUUUUCUUCUCAGCCCACCCUACAGUGAAUUUUUCUAUCCCCUUCUAGGAACCAAUGCUGGUUUGGACCUGAGGCUGGUGAAUGGCGGUGACCGGUGUCAGGGCCGCGUGGAGGUCCUCUACAAAGGCUCCUGGGGCACCGUGUGUGAUGACAGUUGGGACACCAAUGAUGCCAACGUGGUGUGCAGGCAGCUGGGCUGUGGUGGGGCCAGGUCAGCCCCAGGAAAUGCCCGGUUCGGACAGGGCUCAGGCCCGAUCGUGCUCGAUGAUGUAGCCUGCUCAGGGCACGAGUCCUACCUGUGGAGCUGCCCACACAGGGGCUGGAACUCCCACAACUGCAACCACGGGGAAGACGCCGGCGUCAUCUGCUCAGCAAGCCGGACACUGGCCACCCCCCUCCCCGCCUCCCUCCGGCCCACAGCCCCCCACCCCCAGGGCACUCAGCCCGGGCUCCCCCUGGCGCUCGCCAACGGCACCGGGAGGUGCUCGGGGCGCGUGGAGGUGUUCUACCGGGGCGCCUGGGGGUCGGUGUGCGGGGACGGCUGGGGCCUGCGGGAGGCCCAGGUGGUGUGCCGGCAGCUGGGCUGCGGCCGCGCGGUGUCUGCCCCGCUGGGCGCCCACUUCGGGCCGGGCUUCGGGAAGAUUCUCCUGGACAACGUGCACUGCAGCGGUGAGGAGCGCCACCUGGCCCUGUGCGCCCACGACACCUGGUUCACGCACGGCUGUGGCCACGAGGAUGACGCUGGGGCCGUCUGCUCCGGUCCUCUAGCGGCAGACGCCUUCCCGCCAGGGGAUGGCUUCUCUGAGCCUUCACUGACCAUAGCCCCGGAGGCCCGGACACCUCCACCUGCAGGAGGCUGGGCCCCCAUGAGGCUGGUGGGCAGCCGGGGGAGCUGCGCGGGCCGCGUGGAACUCUUCUACCAGGGCAUCUGGGGGACCGUGUGCGAUGACCUCUGGGACCUGCCACAAGCCAACGUCGUCUGCAGGCAGCUGGGGUGUGGCCGGGCCGUUUCAGCGCCCGGUGAGGCCCACUUCGGGGAAGGUUCUGGCAAGAUCCUGCUGGACGACGUGCGCUGCAGGGGCGACGAGGGGCGCCUGGAGGAGUGUGCCCACCUCGGCUGGCUCUCCCACAACUGCGGGCACGGAGAAGACGCGGGCGUGGUCUGCUCAGGUCGCCCGUCGGCUGCCAUGGCAGGGACGGCCGCUGCAGAGAAACCUCGGUGCGGCGGCGUCAUCACUAACUCGUCGGGCGCCGUGAGGAACCCGCCGCAGAGUGACAUGCAUGACAACGUGACCUGCGUGUGGGAGAUCCGGGCCAACGCGUCCGACCACGUGCUGCUGGCCUUCCCCUACCUGAACCUGGACUGCACCAACGAAUACUUUGACAUCCUGGACGGCCCCCCGUCCUCGGCCACGUCCCUGGGGAGGACCUGCUCUGGCUUCUACCUCACCUACGAGUCCUCCUCCAGCUCCAUGACCCUCAAGUACUUCCGGAGCUCCAACAACAUUGGGAAGGUCUUCAUUGCGUAUUAUUACUCCGCAGCCAAAGGGGACUGGCCGGAGCUGCGGCUGGCGGGCGGCUCCGGCCCAUGCUCAGGGCGCAUGGAGGUCCUCCGCCAGGGGGCCUGGGGCACCGUGUGCGACGACCUGUGGGACCUGAACGAGGCUGCGGUUGUGUGCCGGCAGUUGGGCUGCGGCAGGGCCAUCGCUGCCCUGGGGAAGGCCCACUUCGGCCCGGGCUCUGGGGAGAUCCUCCUGGACAACGUCCAGUGCUCGGGGGCGGAGCGCCACCUGGGCCAAUGCGUGCACUCGGGCUGGGCGGAGCACAACUGCGGCCACCAUGAGGAUGCUGGCGUCACCUGCUCUGAUGCAGAAGACCUGUCUCCUCCCACACCUCCAGGUGGUCCCACGGCAUCUCAGGAUCACAUAACAGGAGGAAGUGGCUCCUGUGGAGGGGUGCUGACCAGGCUCCCCGGCUCGUUUUCCAGCCCCCGGUACCCGGAAAACUACCCAACCGACACCCAGUGCGUCUGGGAGAUCCACGUGGAUAAAAAAUCCCGCAUCAAACUCCUGAUUCCGAGCCUGAGCCUGGAAGACCUCCCGGGGUGCCCCUUCGACUCGGUGGAGAUCUUCGACGGGCCCAGGAUCGCCUCGCUCUCCCUGGGCCGGUUCUGUGCCCCGGGAGCUCUGCUGGUCUUCUCCUCCUCCUCCAUCGUGACCGUGGUCUUCCGGAGCGACUUUGUGGUCACCAACUCCGGCUUCUACGCGCUGUUCGACGUGAUUCCGCCGGAUGAGGGCGAGCCAGAGGCGGCCGUCAGGCUGACCAACGGCAGCCACCCAUGCGAGGGCCGCGUGGAGCUGCUCGUCUUCGGCAUCUGGGCCACCGUGUGCGACGACGGCUGGGACCUGCGCGAUGCCCGGGUGGUGUGCCGGCAGCUGGGCUGUGGCCGGGCCCUGGCGGCCCCCGGGAGUGCGCACUUCGGCCCAGGCCGCGGCCCCAUCGCCCUGGACGACGUGGAGUGCGAGGGCACGGAGGGCGGGCUGGGCCGCUGCCUGCACAGCAACUGGCUCUCCCACAACUGUGGGCACCACGAGGACGCGGGCGUCACCUGCGCGGAUCUGCCCGUGGUGAGGCUGGCGGCCGGGCGGAGCCGGUGCGAGGGCCGCGUGGAGAUCCACCAUGACGGCGCCUGGGGGACCGUGUGCGACGACCUGUGGGGCCUGCCCGCCGCCCAGGUGGUGUGCCGGCAGCUGGGCUGCGGGGCGGCCCUGGCGGCCCCGGGGAGCGGGCUGUUUGGGGCCGGCUCCGGCCCCAUCUUCCUGGACGACGUGUGGUGCACGGGCAGCGAGACCAGCCUGGGGCGGUGCCACCACCUCGGCCUGUCGGUGCACAACUGCGGGCACCAGGAGGAUGCCGGGGCCGUCUGCGCAGAGUCACUGGGCCCGGACGGCUGUCUCAUUGCCAUCGUGUUUCUGUUCACUUGCAGCUCCCGUGUCCACGGCCCCGACCCCCACACCAGAUGCCUCCGCCAGCCCCACAGACGGGACCCCCCCACCCCCGCCCGGUAA